AUGGACCCGUUAUCUGUUUUAAAAAUAGAGAUUUGGCAGCAAAAAUUUUUUGGCAAAGACUGGAAAUCUUAUAUAGCCGCAAUAUUCGGUGAGAGCGAGUUUGGUCGAGCUCGGAUCGAACUCUUUACCUCUCCAAAGAAAAUUAAAGCUAUGGAACCACAUAGGACUAUAUUGCUUGAUCAGUGCAUAGCUAUAAAAUCACUUAGGAACGGAGAAGAACAUCCUCAAAUUCGUCUUCGAAUGAAAGACGACGCUGAGUUGCGUCUCAGGUGCGAUCAACAUUCUCAGCUGAUGACUUGUCUUAGCACAGCGGCUUUCCCUAAAAAAUGGCAUUUCUCAGAUGAUGAGUAUCCUGUCCUACUAGUGCCGUCCACCUUGACCACGAAACGAAAUCUAGCCGAGGGCAACUAUUCUCUUCGCUUCUCAAAGGAAGAUCUCUCUUUGACUCAUGGAAACACUCAAGUUCAACACUUUCCAUACCACGAUAUUUUGUGGGCUGCUGCAGGGGAGAAUUCUCUUGGGAUCGCGGUGGAAAAUUGUGGUUUAUACGAAUUUAUUUGCGAUCAACCACUUCUAAUUAUAGACCAUAUGAGGAACUAUAUUAGAUUCAAGAAUUCGUUUCCUGCAGUGAGGCUAAGCACAAAAAGGAAGUAUAAUCGUUUCUAUCAUCAAGCUCGUGAAAUUGCCACCAGUGGAUCAGAUCUGAGUAAUUCAAAGAAAAAGAAUUCGAAUGGGGUACGCACAGAUUUUGAGGAGAACGCUGACAGCGAAUGGCUGAGGUUGCCGGUGCCACCCAAGGCUUUGAACGGUGUAGAACACAAUGAGCGACGAAUUGAUCAUUCGGUUGAAGUCAACAAUCAC